AUAUGACGUCAUCAUUGUCCCAUUCAUUACAAUUUCACAACAUUCAGAAAAAAGUAUCAGCAGAGUUUGUUUUCCUUGCAAAAUUCCCAGAAAAUCAGUGAUAAAGUGUUCUUCCUGCCUCAAAAUCGUGACAAAAUCAAAAUGCCAUCAAAGAAGAAGAACGUAAAAGCUGCUGCGAAUGAAUUCGACGAGGAUUAUCGCAAAAAGCGCGAACGGAACAAUCAGGCCGUAAAGAAGAGUCGGGAGAAGAGUAAAAUGAACACCAUUGAGACCCACAGGCGUGUGGAGAAUCUGCGAGUGGAGAACAAAGUGCUAGAGAAUGAGAUUGUGAAUCUGAAGAAGAAGCUGAAGCUCCUGAAGGAACUGUUCAUUGCCCAGGCUAAAGCGAAGAGUAACAACAACGUGGACAUCAAGGAGAUCCUAGGCAGUGAUGAUGAGAGUGAUGAGGAUUCGAAUUGAGCGGGGAUUUGGGGAAAGGAUGGGAUUUAAUUUAAGAGAAUUUUGUAAAUUAAACUUACUGUGAAUAGUU